AUGGGUCUCUUGACGCAGUUCACUCUGCUCCUGUGGAAGAACUUCACUCUCCGGAAGAGACAAAAGGUGCGGCUGGUUGUGGAAGUGGUAUGGCCUCUGUUUCUGUUCAUCAUACUGGUGUGGGUGCGGGCCACCAAUAAGCCAGAUCACAAAGGUCAAUGCCACUACCCAAAUAAAGCCAUGCCUUCGGCUGGUGUGUUGCCGUGGCUUCAAGGUAUGAUGUGCAACAUCGACAAUCCCUGUUUGAGCUCCCCGACGCCAGGGGAGACGCCGGGCCAAGUCAACAACUUCAACAACUCAGUAAUUGCUGGGGUGCUGAUAGAGCUGCAGACCUUGGUGGUGGACAAAUCGAUUCUGAGUCGGGUGCAGAUGCUGUCAGAUGACAUGGAGCUGUGGUCCUCAGUACUGUCAGAUUCCAACCCUGGUAACGGUCAACCAGUGAUACUUGAGACGGUUCUACGAGAUGAUGAAACCUUCUCCACGUACCUGAGAGAUGAACUGUCGCUUCCACCAGAAGUCAUCGAAAGCAUCAUGACCGCACAGAUCAAUCCAAUGAUGCCAAUCCCAAGGCCAAACAACCUGAGGAGCAUCCUGUGCGAGGGGACAGAUCUGGAUGACUACGUCCAAUUUAGCAGCCAAGCUGAAAAGGAGGCCUUUCAAAAUGUCAGCUGCUCCCUCAGUCCACAGCAGCUGAUUAACACCCAGCGAGUAUUCCUGCAAAACCUCGACGUGAGAAAAGUGCUUUCCGAGUCACAAAGUGCUUUAUCAAUGUCAGUUUUAGAUCCAAACGCACUGGAGGAAACCACCUCAAACGCAGCAGGAGUGAUUGAAGCGAUGUCAGCGCUGCAGAGGUCUGAAGCGCUGAAGACCGCACAGUCGUUGAAUUUCCAAGAGGACAUGACAGGCAGUAUCAAUAUGCUAUUUUGUGGAAAACAGUCAGACUUCAAUUCCACCAAUACCCGAAGGUCUUCCUUCAACAGACAGAUGAAUGACACCGCUAACAACGAAUCAAACUCUACCAACAACAGCUCUGAUGCUUUUUGUCAGACUCUCGUCGACACCCUGGAGAGCACACCUGGUCUGCGCUACAUUUGGAGCACCUUCAAGCCGUUACUGCAGGGGAAAGUCCUCUACACACCUGAUACACCUGCUGCCCGCCUCAUGGUGCAAGAAGCAAACAGCACAUUCAAUGCCUUGGCUAUGUUGAAAGAGCUCGCUGAUAUGUGGGAUGAGGUCGGCCCACGUGUCUGGGAUUUCUUUCAGAACAGCACUCAAGUCAAUGCAUUACGGGCUUUGCUUGCAAACCCUGUGUUCACUGCAGCCCUCAACCAGCGUCUCAACGGCACAGGGUGGACCGCCGAGCUGCUGGCCAACUUCCUGUACAACGGUCCACCCGAGGAGCGACCGGCCGACAUGCCGCCUACCGACUGGAGGGACGUCUACAGAGGAGUUACUCUAAUCCUGAAGCUGCUGUCCAACUUCCUCGGGUGUCUGGACCUGGACAAGUUUGAGGCGGUCACAGAUGAAAACAUUUUGGUGAACAAAGCCCUGGACCUUCUGGACAAUGAUACGUACUGGGCCGGUAUAGUCUUUGAAAACCUCCCUGCAAAUUCCAGCGAACCACCCGCUUAUGUCAAGUAUAAAAUCCGCAUGGACAUCGACGAGGUAGAGCGUACCAGCGAAGCAAAAGACAGGUUAUGGUCUCCCGGGGCCCGAGACAACCCCUUUAACGACCUGCGCUAUAUAUGGGGAGGCUUCGCUUACCUGCAGGAUAUGAUGGACCAUGGCAUUAUACGAGCACACACGUCAAAAACCCAGCCCUUCGGGGUUUUUGCCCAGCAAAUGCCAUAUCCAUGCUUCGUGGAUGACGCCUUCGUCCAGAGCAUUGGUGGCAUCCUCCCCAUGGUCCUGGUUCUGGCCUUCAUUUACACUGUGUGCAUGACCAUCAAAACCCUGGUGCUGGAGAAGGAGCUGAGGCUCAAGGAAGUCCUCCGCAUCGUCGGCGUCCAAAACGGCGCCCUUUGGUUUUCGAGGUUUACAGAAAACCUUGUACUCCUCAUGAUUCCCUGUGUGCUUAUGAGUGUCAUGUUGAAGUACGGGCAAGUGCUGCAGUACAGCGACCCCUCCGUAAUCUUCGUCUUCCUGCUGGUGUUCUGCUUCACCACCAUCACUCAGUGCUUCUUCAUUAGCGUCUUCUUCUCUAAGGCCAACUUAGCAGCUGCGUGCGGCGGCCUCAUCUACUUCGUCCUCUACCUGCCGCACAUCCUCUGCUACGCCUGGAGGGACGUCAUGGGUUUCCGGGCCAAGGUUGGCGUGAGCUUAUUGUCGUGUGUGGCCUUUGGCUACGGCUGUGAGAACUUUUCCAAGUACGAGGAGCAAGGAAUCGGGAUUCAGUGGCACAACAUCGGCAAGAGUCCAGAGGAAGGAGAACGCUACACUUUCAUCGUGUCCAUUAUCAUGAUGCUGUUUGAUGCAGCUUUGUACUGGGUGCUCACCUGGUACGUCGAGAAUGUCUUCCCAGGUCAAUAUGGAAUCCCUAAGCCAUGGUACUUCCCUUUCACGGCGUCUUAUUGGUGUGGGACGGCCGCGGUUGCCGCCGGUGACCCCGAUCUGCUGAAGGUCUCCGAAGAACACAAUGAGUAUCUUGAGAAACCGCCCCCCAAUAUGAAGGUGGGGGUGUCCGUCUGCAAUCUGGUCAAAAUCUACAAGAACGGAAAGAAGCUGGCAGUGGAUGGACUGAGCGUGGACUUCUACGAGAAUCAGAUCACAUCUUUCCUCGGCCACAACGGAGCAGGAAAAACAACCACAAUGUCCAUUCUGACAGGGCUGUUCCCCCCGACGUCAGGAACCGCCAUCAUCAACGGAUACGACAUCCACACCGACAUGGACCGCAUCCGGAUGUAUUUGGGAAUGUGCCCUCAACACAAUGUCUUAUUCAACGAGUUGACGGUGGAGGAGCACAUUUACUUCUACGCCAGGCUGAAAGGACGAAGUCGAGAGGAGGUCAAAGUUGAAAUGGACCAGAUGAUUAAAGACGUCGGUUUACCACAUAAGAGGAAGGAUCUCGCCAAGAAUCUAUCAGGUGGCAUGCAGAGGAAGCUGUCCGUUGCUAUAGCGUUUGUUGGCGGCUCCAAAAUUGUCAUCUUAGACGAGCCUACUGCUGGCGUGGACCCGUACGCCCGCAGGGGUAUUUGGGAACUGCUGUUAAAGUACAAACAAGGUCGCACCAUCAUUUUGUCGACGCACCACAUGGACGAGGCGGACAUCUUAGGUGAUCGCAUCGCCAUCAUCUCCCACGGAAAAAUGCGCUGCUGUGGCUCCUCGCUUUUCCUAAAGAAGCGUUUCGGCAGCGGAUACUAUCUCACCCUGGUCCGAGACGGGACUGAGAAGAUGACGGCUCAGCGUAACGGCAUGAUACAAAGUCAGGUCAAAGAGGAGAAAGACUGUCCUUCGAGGAGCAUCAGCCCAGAUGACGGCAUCGGCAGCCAGAGCUGGAACAGCCCCGAUCCAUCAGAUUUGACAGCAGUGGGUCAGCUUGUGAGGCGCCAUGUCCCAGAGGCGGUCUUCUUGGAGAGCAUCGGUCAAGAGAUCACCUACAUCCUGCCCUAUGGUGGAGCCAGAGAUGGAACCUUUGCCCUGCUGUUCCAAGAGCUCGACCUAGCGCUGGCUGACCUCGGCCUGACCAGCUACGGCAUCUCCGACACCACGCUGGAGGAGAUAUUUCUGAAAGUGGCAGAAGACACUGGAGUGGACGCAGAAAUACAAACAGCAAAGGAGACGCCGGUGAGAGACUGCAAAAGAAACUCCCGCGAAUUCAGGCGGAACAGCAUCGCCAGCGUCCACAUGAAAACAGAGCAAGUCAACGGAAAGAGUGAAUUAAAAGAGAAGUUUACCAGUAAAGUCGAAGACCUAAAGAAGAACACCAGCGUGAGUGGGAGGGGAUCGACGGUCAUCACCGGGUGGAGGCUGAUCAGGAGGCAGUUCUUGGCGCUUUUUAUCAAGCGCUUCCACCACGCCCGAAGGAGCCGCAAGGGACUCAUUGCCCAGGUGGUGUUGCCUGCUGUUUUCGUCUGCUUGUCUCUGAUAUUCUCACUCAUAGUCCCACCGUUCACUGAAUAUCCCAGUAUGGAGCUGCAACCCUGGAUGUACGGCCCACUUCAAACCACCUUUUACAGCAAUGAUUCUCCGGAUGAUGCGAACGUGUCCCGGGUGGUAGAAACAUUAGUGAACAACCCCGGCUUUGGGACGCGCUGCAUGAAGGGAGACCCAAUACCGAACUUACCGUGUUCCACUAGUGGGUCCGAUUGGUUCACUCCACCUGUGGAUGAGGCAUUCGCUGACAUCUUCCUCAAUGGGAACUGGAGCAUGUCUAAUCCCUCUCCUUCCUGUCAGUGCAGCACCCCUAAACGGACUAUCAUGUUACCUGACUGCCCACUUGGUGCAGGGGGGCUCCCUCCUCCUCAGAGAAUCCAGAACACAACAGACACGCUGCUGAAUUUAACUGGAAGGAACAUGACAGAUUUCUUGGUCAAGACUUUUGAGCACCAGGGUAAAACAAGGUAUGGAGGCAUCUCCGUCGGAGCAGUCAACUCCCAAGUUCGUCUGACAGAGGCAGAAAUCGAAGCUGCAUUCAGGGAUCUAAAAGACCUAUUCAGCUCACUUCAGGAUAAUGUGACUGAUCAGAUCCUCGAGAAAGCAGAGACUCUACUGAAGAAACUGGGAACCAAGGACAACCUAAAGGUGUGGUUCUACAACCAGGCAUGGCACGGCGUGGUGUCCUUCCUCAGCGUGGCCAACAAUGCCGUCCUGAGGGGAACUCUGCCGGCAGGACACGAUCCUCGUCAGUACGGCAUCUCAGUCUCCAAUCACCCCCUGAACCUGACCAAGGAGCAGCUGUCCUACAUGGCACUGGCCACGACCUCCACCGACGUAGUGGUGUCCAUCUGCGUUAUCUUUGCCAUGUCCUUCAUCCCUGCCAGCUUUGUCCUCUUCCUCAUCCAGGAGCGGGUGAAUAAAGCCAAGCAUCUGCAGUUUGUCAGCGGGGUAAACCCAACUGUCUACUGGCUGGCCAAUUUUGCCUGGGACAUGUGUAACUAUGUCGUCCCAUGUGUGAUUGUGAUCGUGAUCUUCCUCUGCUUCCAACAAAAAUCCUACGUUUCUCCACCCAACCUGCCAGCUUUAAUUCUGCUUCUUGUUUUGUACGGGUGGUCCAUCACCCCUACCAUGUACCCCGCCUCCUUCUUCUUCAGCGUUCCCAGCACCGCCUACGUGGUAUUGACCUGCAUCAACCUCUUCAUCGGUAUCAACGGCAGCGUGGCCACCUUCGUCAUGGAACUCCUGGAUGAUGAUAACAUCACCCGUGUCAAUGACAUAGUGAAGCAGACGCUGCUCAUUUUCCCACAUUUCUGUCUGGGCAGAGGCCUAAUUGACAUGGCCAAGAACCAGGCGAUGGCUACACUGUUCAGCAGUUUUGGGGAAGAUCGUUUUCAAGACCCGCUCAGCUGGGACAUGGUGGGAAAAAACCUGUGUGCGAUGUCCAUCCAGGGAGGUGUCAUGUUCGCUGUCACAAUCCUCAUCCAGUAUAAGUUCUUCUGCAAACCGAGGCUUAUUUCAGGGAAAUCAUUAUCUGCAGAGGAAGAGGAUGUCGACGUUGCCCGGGAACGUGAACGGGUAUAUAACGGCAAAGCCCAGAGCGAUCUUCUGAGGAUCUGUGACUUGACUAAGGUAUACCCUCGGAAGAGCACCCCUGCUGUGGACAGGCUCUGUGUGGGCGUACCUGCCGCAGAGUGUUUCGGCUUGCUGGGAAUCAACGGGGCUGGAAAAACCACCACAUUCAAGAUGCUGACAGGAGACAUCCCAGUCUCCAGUGGAGAGGCCUUCCUAAACGGAUACAGCAUCCGAACGGAAAUGCGAGACGUACACCAGAACAUGGGCUAUUGUCCCCAGUUUGACGCUAUUGACGAUCUCCUGACUGGACGAGAGCAUCUGGAGUUUUACGCCAGGCUACGAGGGGUACCUGAGAAGGAGGUCGCCAUGGUGGCUGAGUGGGGAAUCCAGAAACUGGGGCUGGUGAAAUAUUCCACCAAGUCAGCAGGGACCUACAGCGGCGGGAACAAACGCAAACUCUCGACAGCUAUGGCCCUGAUUGGCUGUCCUCCCGUCAUCUUUCUGGAUGAGCCGACCACUGGGAUGGAUCCUAAGGCCCGCCGCUUCCUGUGGGACUGCAUCCUGAGCGUCAUUAGGGAAGGACGCUCUGUUAUUCUCACGUCACACAGUAUGGAGGAGUGUGAAGCGCUCUGCACCCGUAUGGCUAUCAUGGUAAACGGGCGCUUCAAGUGUCUUGGAAGCAUCCAGCAUUUGAAGAACAGAUUUGGUGAUGGCUACACGGUGAUCGUCAGGGUCGGGGGGUCUCCGCCCAUCCUGAAGCCAGUCGAGGACUUUGUGGAGCAGACGUUCCCGGGCAGCGUCCUGAAGGAGAAACACCACAACACGCUGCAGUAUCAGCUCCCGUACACACAGAGUGCUUUAGCCCAUAUCUUCAGCCAGUUCACCAUCCACCAGCAGAGGCUCAACGUGGAGGACUACUCUGUGUCCCAGACCACUCUGGACCAGGUCUUUGUGAAUUUCGCCAGGCACCAGCACGGCGACGACUCGUCACAGGCGUACGACAACGCGGUGGAUACGUCGGACGAGCUGCCGAUGGAGGCCGCGAAGACCACCGCAGAUGCCGAGAAGGUGUGA